GUGACCGCGGCUCCUCGGCACUCGCUGACCGCGCUCUGUCUCUUUGUCCCGCAGUUCCUCUGAAGGACAUGAAGCUGCUGGACGUCAAGCUGGGCCAGCUGUCCACCUGGCUGGCUAUGAGGGACUUCACCCCCGGCGGCAUCGUGGGCGCCUUCCGCAGAGGUUAUGAGAGGUAUUAUAAUAAAUACAUCAAUGUGAAGAAAGGGGGCCUUGGUGGUAUCAGUAUGGUGCUCGCAGGGUAUGUUGUCAUGAGCUACAUCUGGAGCUACAGUCACUUGAAGCAUGACCGUCACAGGAAGUAUCACUGAAACACGGAAUUCAGAAAGUGAAGGUGCAGCUUGUGGCCACUGGGACAUUCAUCCUGGCAGAAGGCAACUGAACUGUCAUUCAUUUAAAAAAAAAAUCUCUACUGUUGUGACCAAUAAUAAAGUGCAUACACUUUACACUUACUGAA